AUGUCAGUGCAAAUUUUUGGCGACCAGGCCAGCGAGGAGCGUGCAGAAAACGCCAGAAUGUCGGCAUUUGUGGGCGCCAUUGCCGUCGGCGACCUUGUGAAAACGACAUUGGGCCCCAAGGGCAUGGACAAGUUAUUGCAGUCAGCUUCAGACCCAAACAAAUCGUUAAUCACCAACGAUGGUGCUACCAUCUUAAAACUGAUCCCAUUGGAUAACCCUGCAGCAAAAGUCUUGGUGAACAUUGCCAAAGUUCAGGACGAUGAGGUUGGCGAUGGUACCACUUCAGUCACAGUGCUCGGAGCUGAGCUCUUGAGAGAGGCAGAGCAGCUUGUGGAUAAGAGGAUCCACCCACAGACCAUCAUUGAGGGCUACCGUAUUGCUAGAGAUACUGCUGUGGAGGCUUUGAACAAAGUGGCCAUCAACAACUCUGGCAACGCUGAGAAAUUCAGGGCCGAUUUGGUGAACAUAGCCAAAACGACACUCUCGUCGAAGAUCUUAGCCCAGGACAAACACCAUUUUGCGGAACUUGCUGUGGAUGCUAUCUUGAGAUUGAAGGGAUCGACAAACUUGAACAACAUCCAGAUAAUAAAAAAGGCCGGUGGUAAGUUGGCUGACUCGUACUUGGAUGAGGGGUUCAUCUUGGAGAAGAAGUUUGGUAUCAAUCAGCCCAAAAAAGUCACUAACGCAAACAUCUUAGUGGCAAACACUUCGAUGGAUACCGAUAAAGUAAAGAUCUUUGGCGCCAAGUUCAAGGUGGACUCGACAUCGAAGUUGGCUGAAUUAGAGAAGGCCGAGAAGCAGAAAAUGAAGAGCAAGAUUGAUAAAAUCAAGAAGUUUGGCAUCAACGUUUUUAUCAAUAGACAACUAAUUUACGACUACCCUGAGCAGUUGUUUACUGACUCAAAAAUCAAUUCCAUCGAGCACGCUGAUUUUGACGGUGUGGAAAGAUUGGCCUUGGUUACCGGUGCCGAAGUCGUUUCUACCUUUGAUGAGCCAGAUAAGGUUCGUUUGGGCCAUUGCGAGCUGAUUGAAGAGAUCUUGAUUGGUGAAGACCCUUUCCUUAAAUUUUCUGGCUGUGCCGCGGGUGAAGCAUGUACUAUAGUUUUGAGGGGUGCUACCGAACAAGGUUUGGACGAGGCAGAGAGAUCGCUCCACGAUGCAUUGUCUGUAUUGUCGCAGACCACAAGAGAAACCAGGACGGUUUUGGGUGGUGGAUGCUCAGAAAUGGUCAUGUCUAAAGCUGUGGACCAAGCAGCUGCAAAUGAAACCGGCAAAAAAGCACUUGCCAUUGAGGCAUUUGCUCGUGCAUUGAGAGCCUUACCCACAAUUCUAGCAGAUAAUGCUGGUUUUGAUUCAAGCGAGUUGGUCACCAAAUUGAGAUCAGCAAUUUACAACGGCAUGCUGACGUCGGGAUUGGACUUGAUCAAUGGUACCGUUGCUGACAUGAGAGAAAUGGGCAUUGUUGAGUCUUACAAGUUGAAGCGUGCUGUGGUGUCCUCGUCGGCAGAGGCUGCCGAGGUCUUGUUGAGGGUUGAUAACAUUCUUCGUGCCAAACCAAGAACCGCUGACAGAAACCACUAA